UGUGUGGUCACAAAGAUGCAGGAACAACGCCGGGCUUUGGGCCUGGGUUUCAGCCCCCCCGCGCACUCCCACAACGACUGGAUCGGGCCCCCGGACAAGCAUUCCAACCUGCGCCCCGUCAUCUUCUACGUGCCCCCCGAGGAGUCGCCCCUGGAGCGGCGGCUGCGGGAGGCACGGCAGGAGGCCCAGGCCUGCAACCAGCGCUUCUGGGCACGGCACAACUGCGCCUUUCGACAGGAAAAAGAAGAAUUUAUUUAUUCAAGACUGAAAGCCAAGGGUCUGGAAAUGAGAGAUGAAACAGGUCAAAAAGCAACACUGAAUGCAGAAGAAAUGGCUGACUUUUACAAGGACUUUCUAAGUAAAAAUUUUAGAAAACAUAUGCAGUAUAACAGGUGGCCAACUAUGCCCUUUUUGACACAUGUAUCUUCAUCCACUUACAAACAAAUCUUAGCCAUUGCACAGCACUGUCAGGAAGUUAUUCUAGAUAGUUUGGUGAUCAGCUUUACUUUUGAAACAUGAGAUAUAGUUUUAACUACUUUAUCUUACUUGAUUUCAAAUACAGUUAGAACCCUGUAGUCCAUUCAUGGAUGUGGAUAUACACGUAGACUUUUUCAUAGGUUAUUUAACUCCUAUUAGGCAGGAAAAGUGUUGUCACAAAGAACACAAAAUGCAGGUUAUCACUGAAUUGUCAUUUGUCAAUGCCAAAGGAUAUUUUAAUGUAAUUGUGUACCCUUUUCCUGUUCUUGUUCUGUGUGCUGAUUUUUUCUUGGCUUUGGAAUCCUAGAGACUGGUAUAAACGUAAUUUUACGAUCACAUUCCUCAUGGGACAAGUAGCACUGGCAAGAGCUCUGAGGUGGCUUCGUUGGAAAAAGAAAAAUGCAGAAUGUUAAUCACAGCUCUGUGAAGAAUGCAACACUAGCUAGGCCUGGUAUAAACAUGUUGUUUACAGUGAUGUUCAGAAUCUGAAUGAUGUAAUAAUUGCCUGAGUCUGUUUGUUAAACUAUGUCAAUAAAAGUCAAUAUUGGUCUUAAUUUAUAAUCACUACGUAGAUUUCCUUUACCCUUUAUUCCAAGAAAAUAUAAAAUAUUUCUCCAUCAAAAUAAAACUAAGAAAACUGUUAAAAACUCUUUCUCGUUUACAUCAAAUGGAAUGGGUAAUAAUGACUGUCACAUUUUUACCACAGAACCAUGGGUACUAAAUAACAUGUGAUUCAGUCUGCUCUCCUGAACUCUGGUCACAGAAUGAUGUCUCCAGCAACCAUAUUAGUAUAUAAAGACAAAAAUGCCUCAUUUUGCAGCAGUUGCCUGUCUGGGGCAGUAGCAAUCCAUAUGUAAUACAAAAUCAGUGAAGGAACAGGUAUGAUUUGUGAGUAUAUACGCAAUCAACUUUGAAUAAUCCUCUCUUCAGUGUGAUUGUUCAAUACUUUUAGUAAAGAUUUAAGAUAGGAUUUCCUAUAAAUUACUAAUGCAGUAGGAUCUUCAUAAAUACAUUUUUUUUUAUUAAAAGGAAUGUGUCUUCCUUGGAGAAGAAUUCCUCUAACCUAUAAUUGGUAAAGAUUUUAGUUGCCAAGCAAUAAAGCAGAUGCAUUGCAAGCCACUUAAUCUUGGUAGAAGAGGAAACUGGUAACUGCUGUAAGGAGAACAACAUUACUACAAGUAAGCACUACUUUCUCCUGGUUCAUUUCUUUCAAAAAAAGAUGCUGUUCUCAGCAGUUUCUCUGAGGCACUCAAAACUACCCACCUGAGGGUGAUUUUUCUGGCCUCCAGGUAUGUAACAUCAAUGUAUGUAACUUGGAAGCAUGUUGGUUCAAGUGUUAUGCCAUGUAUUCGUAAUUUAAAAGAAGUUUCAUUCCUCAGAAUUUUCUCUCUGCCCUUUUAUACAGUUAAAUGAUUUUUUUAUCCACUGCCUACUAAGAGGAUUCUGAUAAAAAGAAUGUAUGCUGUCACAUGAAGUGUAUUUUCCUAAAGCUUUGCUGAAGGGGAGGUUCUGCUUUUGGAAACAUCAUCUCAGUAGCCAUUGACCUGUUUUUCAUAUCUAAACAUGACAUGAUUUAUUCACAGACUUUUUCAGCUGGAGCAAAAAGAGCUUUGUCUGUCGUAUCAACUGUAAUAAUUCCUUUGCAAGAUGAAAUAAAUAUUAAUGAUAUAGUA